UCGCUACAUAUAGCACAGCAGCGGGCUGCCGAGGGUCGUUCGCGCUUCACCUACCUGCGACAGGAGAGCUGCCCGGCUGCUGACGCACCGACUGGAAGUGAAGCUUAGAGCCGGAGAGUCGCGCUUCUUGUCUGGAGUCGAGUGUCUGAAAGAGCCCCCAACAUGCACGUCAUCAAGAGAGAUGGGCGCCAGGAGCGCGUCAUGUUCGACAAGAUCACCUCCCGCAUCCAGAAACUGUGCUACGGCCUAAACUCGGACUUUGUGGACCCGGCUCAGAUCACCAUGAAGGUGAUCCAGGGCCUGUACAGCGGCGUGACCACGGUGGAGCUGGACACGCUGGCGGCGGAGAUCGCCGCCACUCUCACCACCAAGCACCCAGACUAUGCCAUUCUGGCCGCGCGCAUUGCCGUCUCCAACCUCCACAAGGAGACCAAGAAGGUCUUCAGCGAGGUGAUGGAGGAUCUGUACAACUAUGUCAACCCCCUGAAUGGCCGCCACUCCCCCAUGAUCUCCAAGGAGACGCUGGAUCUGGUUCUGGAGCACAAAGACCGGCUGAACUCGGCCAUCAUCUACGAUCGAGACUUCUCCUACAACUUCUUUGGCUUCAAGACGCUGGAGCGCUCCUACCUGCUGAAGAUCGAUGGGAAAGUGGCCGAACGGCCGCAGCACAUGCUCAUGAGGGUGGCGGUGGGCAUCCACCAGUCUGACAUCGACGCCGCCCUGGAGACUUACAACCUCCUGUCGGAGAAGUGGUUCACUCACGCCUCCCCGACGCUCUUCAACGCCGGUACCAACCGCCCCCAGCUGUCCAGCUGUUUCCUCCUCGCCAUGAAGGACGACAGUAUUGAUGGGAUCUACGACACGCUAAAGCAGUGUGCCCUCAUCUCCAAGUCAGCGGGGGGCAUCGGCGUGUCGGUCAGCUGCAUCAGAGGCACUGGGAGCUACAUCGCCGGCACCAACGGCAACUCCAACGGCCUGGUGCCCAUGCUCCGAGUUUACAACAACACGGCCCGGUACGUGGACCAGGGAGGCAACAAGAGGCCCGGGGCCUUCGCCAUGUACCUGGAGCCGUGGCACUUUGACGUGUUUGACUUCCUGGAGCUGAAGAAGAACACCGGCAAGGAGGAGCAGAGAGCCAGAGACCUUUUCUACGGCAUGUGGAUCCCAGAUCUCUUCAUGAAGCGGGUGGAGAGCAACGCCGACUGGUCUCUGAUGUGUCCCAGUGAGUGUCCUGGCUUGGAUGAGUGCUGGGGGGAGGAGUUCGAAGCCCUCUACACCAAGUACGAGAGAGAGGGGCGGGUGAAGCGCGUGGUGAAGGCGCAGCAGGUCUGGUACGCCAUCAUCGAGUCGCAGACAGAAACCGGCACGCCGUACAUGCUGUACAAGGACGCCUGCAACAGAAAGAGCAACCAGCAGAACCUGGGGACCAUCAAGUGCAGCAACCUCUGCACCGAGAUCGUGGAGUUCACCAGCAAGGACGAGGUGGCUGUCUGCAACUUGGCCUCCAUCGCCCUCAACAUGUACGUCACCCCAGAGCGAACCUUCGACUUCAAGAAACUGGCGUCCGUCACCAAGGUCAUCGUGAAGAACCUGAACAAGAUCAUCGAGAUUAACUACUACCCUGUGAUCGAGGCCAAAAUUUCCAAUCAUCGCCACCGACCCAUCGGCAUCGGCGUCCAGGGUCUGGCGGACGCCUUCAUCUUGAUGAGGUAUCCCUUUGAGAGUCCGGAGGCGCAGCUGCUCAACAUCCAGAUCUUUGAAACCAUCUACUAUGCAGCGCUGGAAGCCAGCUGCGAGCUUGCCGAGGAGUUGGGACCAUAUGAGACCUACCCUGGCUCCCCGGUGAGCAAGGGCAUCCUGCAGUACGACAUGUGGGACAAGACGCCCACGGACCUCCACGACUGGAAGCUGCUGAAGAAGAAGAUCGCUAAACACGGAGUGAGGAACAGCCUGCUGCUCGCCCCGAUGCCCACCGCCUCCACGGCCCAGAUCCUUGGCAACAACGAGUCCAUUGAGGCCUACACCAGCAACAUCUACACCCGCAGAGUCCUCUCUGGAGAGUUUCAGAUCGUCAACCCUCAUCUGCUGAAAGACCUGACCGAGAGAGGCCUGUGGAACGAGGACAUGAAGAAUCUUCUCAUCGCUCAGAACGGCUCAAUUCAGGAAAUCGAGGGCAUUCCGGAUGACCUGAAGCAGCUGUACAAAACUGUGUGGGAAAUCUCACAGAAGACAGUGUUGAAGAUGGCAGCGGACCGUGGCGCCUACAUCGACCAAAGCCAGUCCCUCAACAUUCACAUCGCAGAGCCAAACUACGGGAAGCUGACCAGCAUGCACUUCUUCGGCUGGAAACAGGGUCUCAAGACAGGAAUGUACUACUUGCGAACAAAGCCAGCAGCAAACCCCAUCCAGUUCACACUGAACAAGGAGAAGCUGAAGGAGAGCGCUGCGUCUGAGAAACCCACCGAGCAGGAGGUCAAGGAGCGCAAUGCCGCCGCCAUGGUGUGUUCGCUGGAGAACAAAGACGAGUGUCUGAUGUGUGGAUCUUGAUGUGUCGCCGCUGCAGAAGACCGUUUUAGUUUCAGCGCUCGUCUUCAGGUGCUGUCGCUGAUAUCUACACGUGUUGAGUAAAUUAAAAGAAUGUUUUAAAGAUGCAAGCCGUUGUUGUCGAAUGUUUCCACUUUAAAAUGUGUUGUUGGAAUGUUCACUUUGUAAGUAAGAUAAUAAACAUUUAUAUGCA